CUCGGCUCUGCGCGGAUGGAGCCUGGAUGCCCGUGCGCUGUUGCCUUGGAGACGCGUCCGCGGAGCGAGAGAGGGGGCGGAGCACCGCAGCUGGCGGAGAGCUUCGGUCCCAGGACGGGGGCGACUGCUAAAGCGGAGGGAGUGCGGGGGAGGGGAGGACCCCCCCACCUCAGCAUGCCUGCUCAGCAGCAACACACAAAGGAGCAAGAGAUACCCAGAAAGAUGGACGUGUGUCAGCAAGACCCCCUCUCCGAGGGGGAGGGGGCCAAGACCAAAAAGCCACCUGCAAAGGAGCGCCCACACACACCUCAGACCAAGAAGAAAGCAAGAAAGAAGAAAAAGAAGGCAGGACAAGAUAAUGCAGGAAAACCUGAAGGCAAAAGCAAGAAGCCCUCCGUCCUUGUGACAUCACCCCUUGAACUACUUCAACACCAAACUGGCCCUGAAACGACGCCCCAAGGUGCUGCCCCAAAGGCGACUCCAGCCAAACCUUCUCUCUCUGCCAGCAUUUCCUUCUUGACCCAAAACAACUCUGUGCUUUCCAACGAGAGCCUUCGCUGGGAUGGGGUCCUGGAUGAUCCCAUAGCAGAAGAGGAGAGGUUAUGGAUCUACAGGCUGAACAGAAGGAAGCGCUAUGGGGAGUACAUCCAGAAAAACCUACCACCAGAGCCAUCGUUUGCUUUUAAGCACUUGCCACAACAUUAUGUGGCUCCUCCUCAGGGCAAGGAGCAGUUGCUACGAAAGAGCAUGUCCUCCACUACUACUUCAGCACCCAAGACAGACCAAAGUGGGCCGAAUUCUAAGAUCUCAACAAACGUCUCAAAAAGGCAGUCAGCCCUGAUGCCAAGUGUUUCUCAGGAAAUAGCGUAAAGAAAUCUUCCCGUCGCUUCUGUUUUGCUUUGUUUAAGGCAAAGGCAUGAAGAUGCUUGAAGAGGUAACCCUAGGUGAUUAUAUUUGAAACUAAUGAGAUUAUUCAUCUUUUCAUCAAGUUAACCAACAGCUGUCUGCACACUGCAAAUAGUUUGAUAAAAUUCUGUGCGGAUGGAUAGAUAAUGAUUUGCUGGCAUCCAACUAACCUUCCAUAGAUGGAGGAAUGACUUUCAGUUUUGCACUCACACCAGAUGUCAACACUUUGUUGCUUUUUGAACAAGAUGUGAAAAAUAAUAAUGCAGACAUGGGCUUUAUUCAAAUACAGCAGCACUAAAAUACCACCACGUAUUGGGGCAUUUGUUAUUUUAAAUCUCAUAUACCCGCGAAGGACUUUAAUAUCUGUGCUAUUUGUGGUGCCACUUUUGUCAGAAUUAAACCAUUGCUUCUCACUCUGCUGUGUACAAAACCAA